AUGUCUUUCGGCGGCCAGACCCCCACUAUCAUUGUCCUCAAGGAGGGCACCGAUACCUCCCAAGGAAAGGGUCAGAUCAUCUCCAACAUCAAUGCCUGCCUCGCGGUCCAGGCCACCAUCAAGUCGACCCUCGGCCCCUACGGCGGUGACCUCCUGCUCGUCGACCAGAAUGGCAGGCAGACUAUCACAAAUGACGGUGCGACUGUCAUGAAGUUGCUCGAUAUCGUUCACCCCGCCGCACGAAUCCUUGUCGAUAUUGCUCGAUCCCAAGAUGCCGAAGUCGGAGAUGGCACAACGUCCGUUGUCGUCCUUGCUGGCGAGAUUCUCAAAGAGGUCAAAGAGCACGUGGAGCAGGGUGUCAGCUCUCAGAUCAUCAUCAAAGGUCUGCGGAGAGCGUCCCAGCUUGCCGUUAACAAGAUCAAGGAGAUUGCGGUCAGGACAGACGAGGCCAACCAGCGUGACACUCUGACGAAAUUGGCCGGUACUGCCAUGACCAGCAAGCUGAUCAAGAGAAACACCGACUUCUUCACAAAGAUGGUCGUCGACGCUGUCCUCACCUUGGAUCAAGAAGAUCUCAACGAGAAGCUCAUCGGCAUGAAGAAGAUCCCCGGUGGAUCUCUGACGGAUUCCCUCUUCAUCAACGGCGUCGCCUUCAAGAAGACCUUCGCCUACGCCGGCUUUGAGCAGCAGCCCAAGUCAUUCGUCAAGCCCAAGAUUGUGUGCCUCAACGUUGAGCUCGAGCUCAAGGCUGAAAAGGACAACGCAGAAGUUCGUGUCGAGCAGGUUUCGGAAUACCAGGCCAUUGUCGAUGCCGAGUGGCAAAUCAUCUUCAAGAAGCUCGAAGCGAUCCACCAGACCGGAGCAAAGGUUGUGCUGUCGAAGCUCCCGAUCGGUGACCUGGCAACCCAGUACUUUGCCGAUCGUGAUGUCUUCUGUGCUGGCAGAGUGUCCUCGGAAGAUAUGGAGCGUGUUGUUCAGGCCACGGGUGCCACGAUUCAGUCUACAUGCUCAGACAUUCAGCCUCACCACCUUGGUGUCUGCGGUCGUUUCGAGGAGCGCCAGAUUGGUGGCGAGCGUUUCAACUUCUUCGAGGAGUGCCCGGAGGCCAAGACCUGCACCCUUGUCCUGCGUGGUGGAGCUGAGCAGUUCAUCGCUGAGGUCGAGCGGUCGCUGCACGAUGCCAUCAUGAUUGUCAAGCGUGCUAUCAAGCAUCACAUGAUUGUUGGUGGUGGUGGUGCCACUGAGAUGGAGGUCUCCACCUCGCUGCACCGCUUCGCCGAUAAGAACAUCUCGCACAAGCAACAAGGGAUCAUCAAGUCUUUUGCCAAGGCUCUCGAGGUCAUCCCCCGCCAGCUUUGCGACAAUGCUGGCUUUGACGCUACGGAUAUUCUCAACAAGCUGCGUGUCGAGCACGGCACGAAGGGACACACCUGGGCUGGUGUCGACUUCACCAACGAGGGGGUUACAGAUAUGAUGGAGAGGUUCGUCUGGGAACCUGCUUUGGUCAAGAUCAAUGCUAUCCAGGCUGCCACCGAGGCCAGCUGCCUGAUCCUUGGUGUGGAUGAGACAAUCCGCAACGAAGAGAGCCAACAGCCACAAGCUCCGGGCCAGCCUCUGCCUCCGGGAGCUGCACAAAGAGCUCUCCGCGGUCGCGGACGGGGUAUGCCGCGGAGGUGA